AUGGCAUCUCUUUUUGAAAAAUUCAACGAAUCCGCUGAAAAGGUGAAAACCUUCACCAAGCGACCGAGCGAUUCGGAACUGCUGGAGCUGUACGCACUCUUCAAGCAGGCCACCGUCGGCGACAAUGACACGGAAAAGCCCGGCAUGUUCGAUCUGAAGGGUAAGGCCAAAUGGCAGGCGUGGGCUGACCGGAAAGGCACCUCCAAGGAUUCUGCCAUGGAAGCGUACAUUAAGCUGGUCGAGGAGCUGUCCGCAAAGUAUGCGUAA